CUUAUUGGGCUGUCAUUUGUCAUAAUAUAAAAAUAUCUUUAUUGUUUCUAUUUCAAUUUUAUUGAAUUAUACAUUGAAAAUAAGAAAUGUAAUAAUAAAUAAUCGAUCAAAAUGGAGGAAAACAAUGAUGACACAAAAAGCGAGCCAGUAAAAAGGAAUUAUUCAGUUAAAUUAAUGUUGAAAUUCGCUCUAAUUGUUGUCCUAGCUACAGGCCUCGGCUACACACACUACCGUUAUGUAUCCUACCUCUUUGAAAAUGACCGCAACUUCUCUUACCUCUCCGAAAUGGAGAGGGAGAUGUCUUUUCGCACGGAGAUGGGAUUCUACUACUCCUAUUACAAAACUAUAGUGGAGGAGCGUCCGUUUGUAGCUGGUAUCUCUAAGUUGAUGUACGACAGACUCGUGGAAUAUCCAAAAGAUGUGAAUGCCUUUAACAGAUUCAACAUACACCCUGAGGUACUAAUUGGUAGUAUCUACCGGUAUUUCGAACCUCUGCUGAACACUACCGCGCACAGGCAGUGUCACAUGGUGGACAGAGGGGAAGGCCUCGCGCCGGUGGAGAGCUGUGUCGGCAUAGGCCAGCCUAUCAUAUUCUAUUUAGAGGCCAUCUGGUGGUUGGCCGGCCUCACUGUGGCUGGACUGUUCCUACAUGCUACGGCGCUCAGCGAGAGCAUCCUCGGCGGCGGCGUGGCGGUGGCGCAGUACUUCGCGAACCACGGCGAGUGUACGCGCGUGCAGUGGGCGCCCAACGAGCGCGAGAACAUGGCCGCGCCGCUGCUGCUGCUGCAGGCCUGGCUCGUCAGCCUGCAGCUGCGCGACCGCCGCCCGCGGACCACCUUCCAGCUCCAGGUCUCGAUCUUCAUCCUCAACUGCCUAUGCCUACUGUUCUGGCAAUUUUCCCAAUUCAUAUUCCUGACUCAGACCGCCAUAUUCUUCGUGAUGGAGCAACUUAGGAUCAUAGACGUGAAAUCACUAUGCGUGUUCCUGCACUCGCACUUCUGCGGCCUACACAUGGCGGUGCUGCUACUCCAAGGGAACGACAUGCUAAAAUCGUCCCUGUUCGCCUCGUUCUUCCUAGUAGUGUCUGCGUACUGUUUAUUCUUCAGUUCACUGCGCGUUAAGGUUCAAAAUCGCCUGGACCUCCUCGUCGAAGCGUGGCUGGUAGUGCUUCGUAUAGCCAUAGUUGUAUGCGCGUCGUUCUAUUUGAAAAAGGUGAUAAGUGACUUCCUAGAAGUACAAGAGGACUCCCAUAUAUGGGACAUUCUAUAUUCAAAAUUCAGUGAUUACAAAACAUUUCACACAUUAAUAUACACGUGUUCGGAGGUGUUCGACUUUCUACCUUGGAGUUCGAUAAAGAAUAUGUUACAUUCCUUUUUAAUACCGUUCGCGUUAAUAAAUAUAUUGAACGUCUGCAAUUACUGGCUGUGUAACGCUUUAAGCGCCUCGCGCAAGAGAGAGAUGGAAGAUAAUCGCGUGAAGACAGAAAAGGACAGCCAAGAGGACACAGAUGACAGCGGUAUCGAGAACAACGCGGAGAUAAUAAAAAAAGAAGGCACAGACAAAAAAGUGGGCACCGUAGACGAUCAGUCAGAUGCGGGCAUAGACAAUGUUGUGUUCUUUUUGAAACAUUUAAAUAUAGAUGCGGCAAUUUUUUACAAUAUAUCCCAAAUGGCCGUGUACGGUGUUAUGGCGGCGCUAGUGAUGCGGCUAAAGUUGCUAUUCACGACACAGUUGUGUGUUCUGUCCUCUUUACUGAUGAGCACGAAGUAUUAUGUACUACCAAAGAAGUACAUGAAAUACCUGCCAUUGCUGUGGGUGGUGGCCGUCUCGCCCCUCGCGCAGGACCUCAUAGACAACACCUCACAGGAGAUGUCGCAUAUUGGUGAAUUCAGCGACAUACCACAAGAGGAGCUGUUGGAAUGGAUCAAACGGGAGACUGGCAGCGGCGCGGCGUUCGCGGGUACGAUGCCCGUGCUGGCCACGGUCAUGCUGGCCUGCCGCCGGCCCAUAGUGGCCCAUCCGCACUAUGAGCAUUAUGAGGCCAGAGAGAGAGCAUAUGCAGUAUAUAAAACCUAUGGGCGGUUCACCCCCAUGGAGCUCUACCAAGAGCUGAACAAGCUGCGGGCGACGUACCUCAUUAUAGAACACAAGUACUGCUAUGGGAGGAGCAGCAAAGGCUGCUCGUUCCAAGACAUCUGGGACGUGGAGUGGCCGUCGAAGCGCGGGCAGCCGCGGCUGUGCCACACGCUGCUCAGCGAGCCGGUCGACCACUUCUACCUGGUGUUCCGCAACGACCACUACGCCGUCUUCAGGAUACACGACGUCAGCGUGCGAUAUAUGCCUCGAAGCUUCGACACUUGACAUUUGUGGAGCGAGCGAGCGCGCGCCCAUUGACACUUGUAAAAUAACAAAAACUUUAUCAUUUUAGGUACAGCUCAAUUAAUAAACGGCAACUGCGCUUCACAAGUAUUGAAUUGUAAACCAAUAAUAUAUAUAAGUACUUACUAUGCCAUAAGCUUACAUUAUAUAGAUAGAGUGUCUUCAUACAAAUGCUUCGAGAGAAACGGGUCAACAUUUUAAUACAAUUUUGCGUGAUAAAUAGUUACGAGUGAUUCCUUUAUAACUUCUAUAUUUAUUUUUUCUUUUAAUUUCUGCAUAUUUUUAAUGCGUAAAAACUCUGUUUAUUUAUUAAAUCAUUAAAUAUUGAUACGUCAAGAUACAUUGUGUGCGUAAGUAUAUAGAACACUGAUAAAAAGACGAGUCAGCUAAUUUGACAAUUAGCUGACGAAGUUGACACGUUUUUGUGGCUCGAUACUCUAUCUAUAUAAUCGAAUGCCAUGAGUUUGUUCUUUAAAAAAAAAUAUUGUCGCGCUUAAUACAUAAUAACUAAGGCCCAAUAUAGGGAGACAAGUCGUGUGGGAUCAGCCCGGCAAUUGCCCAGGGGGGCAAAUUUUAUUAAAAUAGGCCAAAACGGUGGCGAAUUAGCUAGUCUAGCUCUAAAGGCAAUAAAUACUUUCACGUUUAUAAUAUAUUAAGGAGGGAAGGGAAGGAUUGUCAGUAAUGCAGUUAAGUCCUUAUCGCUGGUAAUAAGCCACGGCGGGUCGACCUCCUCGCGGUCUUCCCCUGAAAAAUAUUGAAUUCACCAUGCAUGGGCCAUCUUACCUGACUACAUCCUCCACUGGUGCCCCGUCAUUGUAUACCGUUAGUAUAGACGGGGGCACCAUUUUAUCUUCACCCAUUAAAUUAUUAUUUCAGACGUGAAUUGUCCACUGCUAGAAGCCUCCCUCUUAAGGGGGAGUAAGUUGCCAGUAGUUGCCACGUUUGGCAGUUGGAUUUUGGUGAUGUUUUAAGACGGACACUGCUGCCCAUCCCUCGUCCAUGAAGUUCCCUUAGUUGCCAGUGUAUACUCGUAAUGCAGGAAAGUCCUUACUCCAUCUUUAUCCAUUAAAAAAACAUCACUGUCCUCAGGAACGGUGCCCCGUGAGAGGUGGGGGAAGGGAUUGUUAGUGGUGCAGACUACUAGUCCCAUUGCUAGCAAUGCACCUCGUCGGGUCGACCUCCACAUGGUCCCCCCUGGAAACCAUCAUGCUGAAUUUCGGGUGGAUACAUCACGAUGGGCUAACUGACCUGCUAUUUGAUUCUGUCACUUAUUAUCCCUCACUGGUGCCCCGCCAGCGUAUACCGUUAGCGCAGGCGCAACCCCGUCUGCGCUAUUGGUAGACACUGGCGGGGCACCAGUGAGGGAUGACAGAUGAAGAUAAAAGUAGGUCAAUUAGCCCAUCCUGACGAAUUAAACUAGAAUUAGUCACGAUGGUUUCCAGGGGGAACCACGAGGAGGUCGACCUGACAGGGUAUAUUGCUAGUAAUAGGCCUAUUUGACCCCUAUACUAACAAUCCCUUUCCCCCCGAUUGAUAGGUGUUAUAGAAGGUUGUAAAAUUUCCAAGUAAUAAAAAUGUGUUAAUCUUCGAGUGUUGCCAGUCGCACGCAUACUAAUGGUAGCGGAAUUAAACGAAAUAAUGUUAUUCAAAUAACCAGUGAUAUGAACUACAGUAAAUAACACCUAGUUCAGUAGAAUACUCCCUUCAGAGAAUUAAAAAGGUUUCCAUUCAACGCUGUUUAGUAAAUAGUUGGACUAUGUACUUUUUGUGAUGUAAGUAUUAAUCUGUAUUGUUAAAUUAAGCGAAAUAAUGUGAUCUUACUAUAGUAAAUAUAUGAUUUUAUUCUCUUAAGAAAGUAUUUUUAUUUCCAACCAGUGU